GUUGUGGAAAAUCAUAUAAAGCUUACUUUCUUUGACCGCCCCAUCUCCUCUGUCUCUCUCUGUCUACCCUCCUCUCUCCUCUGUUCUGUGUUUUGGUCCCUGACUCUCUGGUGCGUGGGGAGACAAAAACUACCCAUAAAAAGCUUGCCAUUCCAAAUGGGUUUUCCAAAAUUUCAAGCUUUGAAAAUUUCAUCAAAGCAAACUCGUGUUUUUGAUACUCAUCUAGCCCACUUUUCCAUUCCCAUUUUCAUUCAAGAAACAUCUCAACAAUUUACUCUUAAAGACAAUUCAAACACUGCUCUAUAUUUUCCAGUCCACGCUUGAAAACGUGUCUUGUGCUCCAUUUGAACUCUAUUAGCUUCUUCUUCUUCUUCUCUCUCUCUCUCUGUGUAUAUAUAUAAGGAGGGUAGGUGGUCAGAGUCAUAGACAUCUUUGUAACUUGUAUUGUGUGUAAGAGGCAGAUACAUUUUUGUAGCCUGAAAGCUCUGGUCAGGUGGACACUUGCACUUAACAUAUUGGAAUUUGUAUGGGUUUAUCGCUAUCCUUACUUCCAUCAGCCUGGGAAGAAAUUGUGAGCCACUUGUUUUUCGGUUUGGCCCGCAACAUCAGUUUCGGUUAUAGAGGACAAGAGAUGACCUUGAGUGCUGAUAGCUUUAAGCAAAAAGAUUCAGAAGCUAACUGUAAUGGGUUUGAUAAGAAAAGUAAUAAGAAUUCUAUAAACUUGAACUGUGAACCCAUAAAAGUAAUUCUCAAAACAACACUUUCAUUCAAGAAUUUAGUUCAAGACAUAAGGAAUUCGAGUUUGAACGCAUUGAACAAUAAAGUUGAUGGCUUUAUUGAUAAAUCAGUGCCCUCAAUUUCGCUUCCUGAACCAGCAAUAUUGUUUUCACCAAGACCUGUUAGUGAGCUUGAUGCUGCAGCGGUUAAGGUACAGAAAGUCUAUAAGAGUUACCGUACUCGGAGAAACCUUGCGGAUUGCGCAGUUGUGGUUGAAGAGCUCUGGUGGAAAGCGUUAGACUUUGCUGCUCUCAAACGGAGCUCUGUGUCAUUCUUCAAGGGAGAGAAGAAACAUGAAACUGCUGUUUCCCGAUGGGCUAGGGCUAGGACAAGAGCUGCCAAGGUGGGAAAGGGAUUGUCCAAGGAUGAGAAGGCUCAAAAACUAGCCCUGCAACAUUGGCUUGAAGCGAUUGAUCCACGGCAUCGGUAUGGACACAAUUUACAUCUGUAUUAUGAUAUCUGGUUUCAAAGUGAGAGCACUCAGCCUUUCUUCUACUGGUUGGAUGUAGGCAAUGGCAAGGAAGUAAACCUUGAGGCCUGCCCAAGAAUCAAGCUACAGCGCCAAUGCAUCAAAUACCUAGGACCAAAAGAAAGGGAAGCAUAUGAAGUAAUUGUUGAAAACGGGAGGCUUUUGUACAAAGAAAGUGGGUGUUUCGUAGAAACCACAGAGGGUUCGAAGUGGAUUUUUGUCCUAAGCACGUCAAGGACUUUGUAUGUGGGGCAGAAGAAGAAAGGGACGUUUCAGCAUUCAAGUUUUCUAGCCGGUGGAGCGACCACAGCUGCUGGAAGAUUAGUUGCUCAUGAUGGGGUUCUCGAGGCUAUAUGGCCAUACAGUGGUCACUAUCACCCAACAGAAGAAAAUUUCCAGGAGUUCAUUAGCUUCCUUGGCGAGCACCAUGUAGAUCUCACUAAUGUUAAGAGGUGUGCAAUUGAUGAUGACUAUCCUUCAUUUAAGGUUAAUUCUGAGGAGCCACAGCCCAAGCCGGUAUUGACUCUCACUAAAAAUACACAAUCUGAAAAUACAAACACAUCUUAUGUAGACCUUCAGGCUUUGGAACAGUCAAUUACGACCGAUCAUCAAGAAGACACGGGCUCCAAUGAUGCCAACAUUGAAGCCCCAGUGUUCAACUUUGACAAGCCCUUGUCAUGCAAGUGGAGUACCGGAGCCGGUCCUCGUAUUGGUUGUGUCCGGGACUACCCAACAGAGCUACAAUUCCGAGCACUCGAACAAGUAAACCUGUCACCCCGAGUUGCUUCACCCUUCGGCAAUUAUGGUCCGAUCCCAUCUCCCCGGCCGAGCCCAAAGGUCUGGGUUUCUCCUAGAUUAGCAUACAUGGGACUCCCAAGUCCUAGGACCCCCAUUCCCACAGCUAGCUAAGGCGAUUGGUAAUAUAGGGAUAACUCAAAACUAGCAGCACCAGGGGCAGAUGUGCCCUGAAUGCGUGUUUUUGCAGCAUAUGCUAGGGGAUGAAGGGGGGCUAACUUGAUUUCUUGAUUUCUUCAUUAUUUUGUAGAUGGUUCAAUUGAUCUGGAUCAUAUUUACAGCCAAUUUUGGCUCUCUUUUUUUCUUUUUUUUUUCCCUUUCUUCCUUUUUUAUUGAUUCAUUCUUGUAAACAAAAUUCUAGUUGGUAAUUUUCAAUGAAAAAUAAGAUUUAGUUUGCCGUUGAAA